AUGGCUGGAAAGAGAUUGAAAGCGGGAGGGUUCAAUGCGUGGGAGCUGAGAGAGGAGGGGCAGGAAGCAAUGGAGGACGAGGAGAGGAUGGGCUCCGACGUCUGGUACAACAUGCACAGGGAGAUCGUUGAGAGACAGAUCAUGCAAGAGAUGUCGCGAUACGGCAAGGUGAGACUUUUUGCUUGUAAGCCAUUUGUGGAGUCAUGGUUUGUGGGCAAGCUACGGCCACGCUCCGUUAUCCCUAAGAACUUUCCUGAAGCGUCAUUGCAGAUUGUCGGGGUUGAGCUAGUCUGUGAGCCGCAGACGAUCAUAUCGAGACUCAAGCUCUGCCUUGCUGAUCAGUGGAACGUAGAGGCAUGGAAAGAGGUCUUUCUGCUGGGGGAUAAGGAUAACAGCGGAGGCCUUGACCGGGAGGAGCUGCGGAGAAUUCUCCAACAUUUCGACGUCUCCGUCACGACGGAGGAGCUUAAGGAGCUGUGGAACUUCAUUGACAUCUCCGCCGAUGCCGGGGGGAGGAUAGAGUUCUGGGAGCUUGUGGAGGCCUUCCGCUUCGACGACUGGGAGGAGGAGCUGGAGACGAUGAUGACGACGAAGAAGAGUGUCGGUGUUCGCAGCAGGAAAAGCAGCAAGAUGCAGUUCAAGUAUCCCUGCCAUGCUAUCAUCUCAUGCGCCGACGAGGAGACUGCCAACCGCAUCCUCGUGGAGCUUGACGGGCAUUCCGUUCGGUUCCAUGACGAAGAAGGGAGAGAUUUGAGCCCCAAGGAGCUGGUGACGAGGGGGAUGCUCCCGAUGAACCGAGCUCCGAUCGUCAAGGAGGAGAAGGAAAAGAUCGCAGGGGACGGAAUGGAGAAGAAACCAGUGCACAAAUCGCUUCGUCUUGCACUACAGGGGAAUGCGGAGAAGGAGAGGAGGGCGAAGUCGUGGAAGCCGGAGCUCUUUUGGAGCAUCUCAAACAUAUCAGGUGAGGUUCGUGCGGGGACGGGGGGGGUCCCAGGGGAGCGGGUAAUCACUGACUACGAGAAGUUCCUAGUGGCACAAAGGGGAUGGAGCAGGGAGGUGAUGAACUACCAUCGAAGACUGCGGGAAGUUGAGAAAGGAGACUGGAGGGCUGCUGAGAGGAUCUUUGAGGAGAUGGUGAGGGAGAAGAUAUCUCCGAGCGAGCUUGUGGUCGAGAGGGUCCUGCAGUCGUACUGCGACUCCCAAGUCCCCCAACCCCGACGUGCAGAGGAGAUGAUAGCAAGGAUGGCGAAGAUGAAUCUGAAGCCAACCACUAGGACGUACAACAGGCUGAUGGAAUGUUGGUGCAACGCUGGAAAUAUUCGCCGCGCAGAAGAGAUUGUUCUCAUGAUGGAGGCGGAGGGCCCGAUGCCCAACGAGUUCACCUACCAGGUGCUUGUGAGGGGAUGGGAGAAGAACUUUCAGGCCACUGCGAGUCGAGAGCUGGUUGAGAGGAGCAGGGCGAUAGCCUUCAGCAAGCUUGGGACGAAGCGAUACUCGAGCUUGCUAGCGGAGCUGCAGGACAAGAUAGGAGAGGUUCACACAGACACAAGUAGGAUGGAGAGAAUCUUCAAGGGCAUCGCAGGCGAGAUGGGAGUGAUAGACAGGGAUGGUGUUGUGGAUGCGAUUAAGCUGUUGGGAGUCUCGGACACUUCGCUUGUGUCCAGCUUCAUCGACGAUGAAGAUCAGAAUGGAGACGGUUUCAUUGACUACGGAGAAUUCAUCUUCAUUCUCAAAAGUCUCCUGCACAACGUGGAGCACAAGCUGCAUCAAGUCUCCUCGAGCUCAGUGGCCAGCGACCAGUCGCCAGAUGUUUCAACGAAGAAGAUGGCCGUGACGUCGCAGUUUGCGGUGAAGCGAAGUGGAUGGGUUCCUUCCUUCUUCUGGAGGAGCGACACUGCACGGAAGCGUUGA